GAGUAAAUGGACGACUUCACAUCUUGAAGUAGUGCAGUGGGUAGCGUCCGAGUUUCUUUGUGUGUAGUUAGUGAUUUUUAUUUUGAUUUGUGCCGUGAUGUGGAUGUAGACAUUCGCUUCCACCACUCAUUUAUUUCGAUUUAUUUAUUUCCGUAGGAGAUGAACGGUCUGUCGUUUAGUGAACUAUGUUGUUUGUUUUGUUGUCCCCCAUUCCCAUCGAGGAUAGCCGCAAAGCUUGCAUUUCUGCCACCCGAGCCAACGUACUCUUUCAUCGCGGACGAGACUGGAACCAAAUUCACCCUAAAUUUGACAGAACGUGCUGAAUGGCAGUAUUCGCAGCGGGAACUCGACGGAAUCGAAGUAUUCUUCACAAGAACUCCUCGGGGAAACAGAAUUGCCUGCAUGUUCGUCAGAUGUUCCCCCAACGCCCGAUUCACCAUCCUCUUCAGCCACGGGAAUGCCGUGGAUUUGGGACCGAUGAGCAGUUUUUACCUCGGACUCGGAUCUAGAAUUAAUUGCAAUAUAUUUAGCUACGAUUAUUCCGGGUACGGAAUAAGUACGGGGAAGCCGUCUGAGAAAAAUCUUUACGCGGAUGUGGACGCGGCGUGGCAUGCCCUACGAACUCGAUACGGGAUCAGUCCCGAAAAUAUUAUCCUCUAUGGACAGAGUAUCGGUACCGUGCCUACAGUAGAUUUGGCUUCUAGAUAUGAAGUUGGAGCCGUUAUACUUCACUCGCCUCUCAUGUCGGGGAUGCGUGUGGCUUUUCCUAAUACUAAAAGGACUUGGUUUUUUGAUGCCUUUCCUAGCAUUGAUAAAGUACCUAAAGUAACUUCUCCUGUUCUUGUCAUCCAUGGUACUGACGACGAAGUGAUUGAUUUUUCACAUGGUUUGGCCAUUUUCGAAAGCUGUCCAAGAGCGGUCGAACCACUGUGGGUUGAAGGUGCUGGCCAUAACGAUGUGGAAUUGUAUGGGCAAUAUCUGGAGCGGCUGAAACAUUUCGUAUCUAUGGAACUAGUAAAUUAACUUCCAAAAGAGUGGACUGUACUGAAAGGUGAAAAGUUUGCAUUUGCAGUAUGAUAUUGCCAAGUGCUAAAAAUGGAUUUUAUAUUAAAAUUUGUUCUAGAUAAUUUAUAUAUAAAUAAAUAUGCACCAUGAGUCAUUAAUAGUAAAUUAUUUUUAAGAUGCUCUUUUUCUGAGAGUUGAAAUUAAGAUUAUUAACUUUAAAGUAGGCAGAUUUUUGAUUGAUGGUGGCAGUAAGUUCUGCAUUAGUUGAGAUAUUAACGUUUGAAACUCCAGUUCCGACUUCCUUUAAGUGUGUGUUCCAUUAAAAAAAAUCUGAAAUGGACUGUGAUUUUUUGUAUUCCACUUUUAUAGUGCAUUUCAUCACAAGCACAUGUAAUACUAUUUUAUAGUAUUUGCAUAAAUCUUUCAUAUAUUGAUAGAAAUAAAGGGGAUUUGAACUGAAAAGUUACUAGCUGAGAACUUACUUUAUAAUAUAUUGAGUUUUUUUUUUGUUUUUGUAAUUUAGCUUCUGAGAAGUAAACAUUAAUCUUAGUCUGGAAAAAAGUUGAGAGAACUGCAGUGACACAAAUUGCAAAAUGCACUGCAUACAUGUUUCAAGGGUUAAAAUGAAGUUUUGUGUAAAGUAAAAUUUUAGUCUUACUUUUCAUCCUAUCUAUUGCUGCCAUGUUUUAUCAAAGUUAGGUUAAAAAUUAUUUGUUUGACAAAACGGUACAUAUAUUUGUCUUUUUAAUGCAUUUUUAAACAAAACAAAUGAUUAAAAAUGGCUGAAAGUUUUAUUAAAAUAUUCCAAAAACUAAAUUAAACAUUAAAAUCUGGAUUAAAAUACAAAACAAUCUACCAAAUAAAUUUCAUCAAGACUUUAAAAAACAAUAAAAGUUUCCCGAAAACGUAAAAUCAAAGCAUAAAGAGGUAACAUGGCGGCAUAAAAUAGAUUUUUCUUUUCCUGUUUUUGCCAGGUUUGAAAGUAAAAGUUGCCGAAAGUUCCCCUAAACACAUGUGUGUGAGACAUUUUGCAAUUUUCCUUUGUAAUGGUUAUCUUCCAUAAUUGAUUGAAUAUUGAACUUUAGAUUUCCAUGGUGAGGGAGAGAGAGAGAGAAAUUAAAAUAAAAAAAAUAUAUUAGGUUGAAGGUAUUCGUUUGAAUAAUAUAUUCUUAAAAAUGCAAGUUGAAUUCAGAUUUAAUUUUUUUCCCCCAUGAUGACUGCAAUUUUAUUUUUAUCUCUUUAACCUAUAUUUUUCUUUUCAAUAAUUUGGUUUAAAUGAUUUGCUAAUUCAUUAAUGUUUUUUUUUAAAUAUAAACUAGGCUUGAAUUACCAAUUCAAUACUUGUAACUACUAUCUUUAACUAUGAAUUUAUUAAAAUUGGUGCUGCUUGAUUUUCACGGCCCCACAAUAAACUGCUUAAUUAUGUAGAAAAAUAGUUGAAAGUAGCAAAACAAAGAACAACCAUAAAAACAAAUUUGACAGUCCACUAGUUCUGACAUAGCGAUAAUGUUGGUGUUUUGAUACCAGGGGCUAUGUAAAGCAAGUAGUACCUAACAAUCUCUUUAGAACAAGUUUUCAGAUUCCUAAAUUUGCUUGAAAAUCUAAGGAGGGGGGGGGGGGGGGCUUUAGAUUUCUUAUAAACCAAAUUUAAGACAGUGGUCUCAAGCCAUGCAGACCAAUCCUUACAGAGAUUGUUAUUGAUCAAUCUCCAAGCAUUAAAAUAAAUAAUGAAAUAAGUGAAAAAUCUGGUUAUGCAUGAAGAAGUAGUCCAUCAAUGAUAGUUUCUUUUUGAAACAAGUGUUUGUUUUUUCUUUAGAUUUAUUUCCACUUUUAAACACAACUUUGUUCAUGACAGUAUUCAUAAAAUUAGUCUAUGUAUUUCAUUAAUUGGAAGUUGUUACAUUAUUCAUAUAUUCAAAGUCUUUUCCGGUGUCUUUUAUGAAAUCAGAACUUUAUUUAAAUUCGAAUUAUGUCGGAUCAGUUGUUAGGUAAAUUAUUUGUUUAAGAAUUGGUAGAUUUAUAUAAUUUUACUUCUAAAUGUUAUUUUUAUAUUGUUAACAAAAUAAACAUGUAAAAGCUUCCAAAAUUACGAAAGCAGUUACGUCCUCAUUUUUUAAGUAAGAAUUUUUGUUAUGGACGACAUUUCAGAUUACAGUUAUUAAAUAUGCUUUUACUUUCUUUAUAUUCUCCUUGUGUAAUGUAUUUUAUGUUUCUGUAAUUAUAUUUAUUACUAUUCAGAAUACUAUGUUGAAUUUUUUUUUACGAAUGACUUUGACUUGGUCUAAAUAUUUUGAUGUUAUACAGUGAAUGUUGAGUUCAUUUGCAUUUGUUACAUGUAUGAAGCAUUAGUUCUGUUAGUUACCAUUGUAUUGUAUUAAUAUUUGUGCAUAAUCAAAAAUUUUGAAAAUCAUUUUUAAUUUCUUCUAAUCAAGCAUUAGAAGAAAUAACUUUCUCUUGUAUAUUUUUCUUUUUUGCAUGGAACAUAUCAAAAAUGAUUUUUUUUUGUUAAGUUGUUUUGUUGAGUCUUAUCUGAAAUUGACAUUUUCAUCAAACUCUUUUUUUUUUUUCAAUUGUUAUUUGUUCUUUCCAGAGUUCUUUUUAUGCUUUCUUACUUGUAGUUUAUGUAGAUAUUUAAACUUUUGUCGCACAAAAUUAAAAACAAAGUUUGAUAUAUUUACAAAUGUCCAAAAAAGAUCCAAGAACAUUUCAUUGGUAUAUUUGUGGGGAAAAUAAAAACAACUAUUUGUAUCUUAGCUUCUUAAUUUAUCAAAAAACAAUAUUUUUAUCAGUUUGCUUAUUUAUAAUUGGAAAUCAAAAAGUUAUUUCUUAUAGGGUAGAAAAUGAAAAUUUGAGAAAAGAAAUACUUAAAAACGUAACUACUUUUUGCCAACUUACUGAAAAAUAUCUAGAAAGCAUAUGUCGAAGAUUUUAUCUUUAAUAAUUUUGUAAUCAAUAAAAUUCCAUCAGCAGGAUUAUUUAUGCUGCAUAAGUUAAAAGCUUUGUCUUAUAUUAUCACCCCCCCCCCAUCUUUUGUAAUUUAAAGAAUAGAAUGGUUGUAUAAUGUUUCCUUUUUUAGAAUUCCAAUUCAUUGUUUCAAAAAUCAAUAGUCCAUGAGAAGAAUUAAAAUUUUUAUUUAAAAACGUAACACAUUGUUGGUUUUUAUGAAAUAUUUUAGGACACAUAUUAUCAAAAAUAUUUCCUUUUUUCUUCUGUCUAUUAAAAGUGUACUUAAGUAGCUAAUUGAUUUGAUUGGCCACUUAUACUUAGAAAUUCAUCAUGUGCAGUAUACACCUUUGCUGCAUCAAUAAAAAAAAAAAAACUUUGGUUUUAGAUUUCAAUGUUCUAUUUUUAUUGUGAACCUAAAAACAAAAAAUAGAAAAAUCUUUCAUAAAAAUAUUAAGCUUUGUGCUGCUGGCUACAAGCUGAUGACAGCCAUAAGGUAAUGGCAUCAAUUUCAAUGAAAGUUGUAAACACAUGUUUGUCAGUUUUGUGGAAUAUCUUCUUUAGUGUGGUUGCAGGAAGUCUUUUGACGAAUUUCAGUCUUUUUUCAAAAAAUCAAAACAAAUGAAGACGGAACAAGAUAAAAAGUAAUGAAUAAUAAUUAAUAAAUGAGUUAAAUUUAAAAUGUUGAGAUAAUUUUGCUUUGUUUAAUUUGUAUUUCAUGAUCAUAAUUAAAAGAAAACUGCAACUUAUUAUUAAUGAUGAAAACAAAAUUCUUAAAAUUAGAACAAAUUAUCUUACUCUCUUUCUUAAAAUAUUGUCAUAAUAAUACAGUGUUUGUAAUUAAAAAAAUUUCUUCUUCUCUACAAAAAAUAUUCCAAAUAUGAAAAUAUUAUUAAAGUAUUCAAUUCUUUUAUACCAAUUAUUUUCACAAGCUUGUCAUGAUUGCAAAAAUUUAAGCUUCCAAAAUAGUUUUUUUUUUUUUUUGAAAGGGGGGGGGGGGGUGGCUUGUAAAUUUUCAUUUUUUGCUAAAAGUAUUUUUACAGUUCUUGGAAAAUAAAUUUAGGACAAACAGUCUUUCUAUUCGAAAAACUUGUCUUGAUAAUUUUUAUAACUUUCACUCCUAUGUGUUAUGUAGUUUGAUAAAAAUAGCCAGAUAGCUCUAUUUCCAAAAAAAUAAAUAAAUAAAAAGAAAGAAAAAUUUUGUAAUCCAAAAACGUGUGAUGUGCAAUUUUUACUACUUAUUUAAGUUUUGAUACAUUGGGUUUGAUUAGCAAAACUCUUCUUUUAUCAAAGAGUUAAAAAAAAAGUAAAAUAAGUACAAUGUAUCAAACAGGCUGAAAUGUUAUUAAACCCUAUUUAUUAGGGGGGAAAUGUAGUAAAAGUUUUGUGGGAAACUUUCGUUGAUGAAGGUUUUUGCCUAAGUUGCCGAAUUCGGAUGGCAAUAUUUCAAUACAUGGCAACAUGAAAUGAGGUUAAAGGUAGGUUUAUUUAGAAGGACAAUGUUAACAGACGAAUCACAAAAUUUCAAACUCUAAAUAUUUCUUCACAAGCUGACACAAAAUUUUUAUAUUUAAAAACAGAAUAAAGUGACAUAAGUAAAAUAAUUCUAUUUUAUUAAUGCAUUUUGAUUAAAUACAUUUAUGACAUUUAAAAAAAAAUGUAAUCUUAGUACAUUUUUUUCUUAAAACUAAAUUUCACAAAAUUCAAUGUCCAAUUAGUUUUCCAUGAAAUUCACAAAAAGAGACUCUUGCAAAAGUAUCUGAGUUAUUGCCUGUAUGGUAAUCAUAGUACUUAGCUUCAUUAUUGUUCAGCAAUUCUGUUUAUGCUAAGGUCAUUUUUACUAAUAUUGAAGUUGAAUACUUUGUCUUUUGCAGUAUUUGAUUUUUUUUUCAAUAAUUUAUGAUUUAAACUCCUGAUUGCCCUGAAAAAAUAACCUAAAAUGGUAUCACACUUUACUUUCCCUUCAUCACCAACCACUUUGUUUGCUGGAAGAUUUUCCCGUUUGUCACCAAGAUAAAAGCCAACUAGUCACCAAUCUACAAAAUCUUUCAUAACUGGAAGUUUCUUGACUUUUGCUUUAUCUCCCCCCCCCCCCCCCCAUAAUUGAAGAGCAUAGGGGAUGAAGAUGUUAAACAAGUUAAGUGAGGUAUCUAAACUUAAAUGUUUUAACUUUCUCUUUUCUCAAUUUCGCUAGGUGUUUUUUCUUUUCUAUAUUUUGUGGUGGUGUGAUGUAAGGCUUCCCUAUUCUUCUUUCCCAGCUUACCUUCUGCAUAGACUUAUAUUGUCCUACCAAUGAAAUUGGUUUUAGAUAUAAGUGCAAUUGUUCUGUAUUCAACCCCUUGCCACGUAUUUUAAACUUGAUUGGAAUUCAGCUGUACUGGCAAGGAGUUAAGAGACAACAUGUUCAUCCAGUAAAAGGUCUUCAACUGUGUAACGUAUGAAUUGUUUUUAAUUUUGUAUUUAUUAAAGUUAUUUAUAGCAUAAA